CCAGUUACCCGCACCUUUGAUACCACUAAGAAGCGCAAUGACAGAAAUGAACGAAUACCGGGGGGCCGUUUCGCUCUCGAGGCGCUCUCGGGGGCGGGGAGGGUGUUUCUCAGGACUGAACGAACGGACUCCAGGAGAGAGCGAGCGAGCGACAGACAGACUGAGAGAGGGACGUGGGGAAAUAGCGCACAGGGGCACAGCCGAGCGACUCGAGCUUCACCUGAGACCUGGGAUCACACCACUCGGGUCCAGCUGUGGAUGUGCAAAAUCUUUUGCGCCUGGAGUUUGUUCAAACUUGUAUAAGGGGACUCAGCCCUAAGAGAAAUAUUUAUUCCUGUUAGUGUAAAAUUUUUUAAUUGAAAGUGGUCCAUUCAACAUGGAAUUACCAGUUCUGGUUUUAGUGGCUGUGGUCCUAUCGUUCGGAACCAGCACUAAACUGAACGUGCCGCGCCUUCGACUGUCAUACAAAGAUCUGUUGGCCACAAACCGUACCUCCAUUUUCAGUGGUUUUAAUGGAGAUCUGCACUUGUCAGCUGUGUUUUUGGAUGAAUAUCAUGACAAGCUUUUCUUGGGAGGGAAGGAUGUUCUCUACUCGUUGAGACUAGAUCACAAACAUGAUGCUAAAGAGAUCCAUUGGCCUUCGUUGCCUGGGAACCGUGAGGACUGUAUUCUCAAAGGGAAGGACCCUGAGACGGAGUGUGCAAACUUUGUACGGUUGUUGCAGCCAUUUAACCGCACUCAUCUACUGGCCUGUGGAACUGGAGCUUUCCAACCCGUGUGUGCAUAUGUGAUUGUUGGACACCGCGGAGAGCAUGUGUUCAGUUUGGAUCGCACCACGGUACAGAAUGGGAGGGGGAAAUGUCCCCAUGACCCCAAACUACCCUUUGCAAGCACAUUCACAGGUGGAGAGCUGUACACCGGUCUGACUGCAGAUUUUUUGGGGAGAGACUCUGUGAUUUUGAGAGGUUUAGGGACUCGCUCGCCAAUGAGAACAGAGAUGGAUCAGAGAAUCCUACAUGAGCCCAGGUUUAUUGCGGCCCACCUCAUUCCUGACAGUGCAGACAGAGAUGAUGAUAAAAUGUAUUUCUUCUUCACUGAAAGAGCAACAGAGACUGCAGAGCGAGACGAUGAAGGAGCCAUACACACACGCAUUGGAAGAUUGUGUGUGAAUGAUGUGGGUGGGCAGAGGGUUCUGGUGAAUAAGUGGAGCACAUUUAUUAAAGCCCGACUGGUGUGUUCUGUUCCUGGACCUCACGGCAUCCAAACACACUUUCACCAGCUGGAGGAUGUGUUUCUGUUAAGGACCAAAGAUGAAACCAAUCCAGAGAUCUACGCAAUAUUCAGAACCAUCAGUAAUGUGUUUCAGGGCUAUGCAGUGUGUGUGUAUAGUAUGGCUGAUAUCCGUGAAGCAUUUAAUGGGCCAUUUGCUCAUAAAGAAAGGCCGGACUAUCAGUGGGGACCUUAUGAAGGACGAGUCCCUUACCCGAGACCAGGAGUGUGCCCUAGUAAGAUCACGGCUCAGCCUGGUCGUGCCUUCCGUAGCACACUGGAGUUUCCAGAUGCUGUUCUGCAAUUUGCUCGAACACACCCACUAAUGUGGCGUCCCAUUUACCCAUCACAACGGCAACCACUGCUGCUCCGCACCAGCGCCCCAUACAGGCUCACACACAUCACCGUAGACCGCACACAGGCCGAGGACGGAUACUAUGAUGUCAUGUUCAUCGGCACUGAUAUUGGGACUGUGCUAAAGGUUAUCGUACUUGAAAACAGUAACUCUCUCACCAACGAAGAGAUCACUCUGGAGGAAAUGCAGGUGUUCAAGGUACCCACUCCCAUAACCUCCAUGGACAUAUCUGUGAAAAGGCAAACUCUGUUUGUGGGUUCACAGACAGGUGUUGUCCAGGUGCCUCUGCACCGCUGCAGUAUGUACGGUAAAGCUUGUGCCGAGUGCUGCCUGGCUCGAGAUCCAUACUGUGCCUGGGACGGACACACCUGCACACGCUACCUGCCAAACACAAAACGACGUUACCGAAGACAGGACAUCAAACAUGCAAACCCAGCACUGCAGUGCAUGGACCAAAACCCCAGCGUGGAGGACCUGGAGCUGACUGAAGAACGGGUCGCUUACGGCACUGAAAACAACAGCACCUUCCUGGAGUGCAUCCCUCGAUCGCCACAGGCCACGGUCACAUGGCACAUUCAGAGAGAUGACUACAUAGAGGAGGUGGUAUUGGAUGAACGUAUCACUAAGACAGACGAUGGUUUGUUGUUCCGCCGUGUGCUCCGUCAGGACGAAGGCAUCUAUGUGUGUCGAUCUCGGGAACACGGAUUCACACGAACCCUCGCACGCUUCUGGUUGGACGUCUUACACACCGACACCCUUUUGGACCUCCUGUCACGUAACAGCAAAUAUAAAGUAUGGUCGCCGUGCCCUGCCAACACAGUCUCUACCAAUCGUGGCCCAGCCAGGAUGUGGUUCAAGGAUGUCUUGCAGCUGAUUGGUCCUUCAAACCUGCCGCAGGUGGAGCAGUACUGUGAACGUGUUUGGUGUAAUGAGAAGCUGAGACGCAAACACAAAAACAUGAUGGACAAAUAUCGGCAAGCGCAGGACUCUGUGCGGAGAGCACGAGUCCAAAAGAGCACAGGAGAAUCCCGAAUCCGCUCUCCACGGGACCUCCACUCACAAGAGUAAAAUACAGAGCCACAUGAAGCAAUAUGGACUUCCAAUAGAAAGUGGACGUGAUUUUUAGAUGCUCUCAUACACACACGCAUAAGCAUACUUGUUUUUGUUUGUGGUGAUGUAAAAUAUUAUGGGUUUUGUGUCUAACAAUCCAAGAUCUCUCUGUGUUAAUUAGAGCAUUCUUGAGCGUCCUUUCCAAAAGUUCCUGUGACCAUGGCAGCCGGCUCUCAUCAUCUCACAGUAGACCAUGGCUGAUUUUACACAUCUCACACAGCAGCUGCAAAACCUUUUUACUGGAACUAAUGGAACUAGUAGAUUGGAGCGCUGCCCCUGCUAUAACAGGUGCCAAGAAACAUACAUUCAUUUAAGAUACAUCUGGCUAUGAUACAGCUGAGUGUAAUACUCAGAGACUUUUUCUCAACUGAGAACUAUGGCAGCAUUCAACAAAACUCAGCUUGCCGGUACAUUAAGCUGUAAAGAAAUAAAAGUUUGGACUAAUUAGACUAUUUUCUAGUAACUGAAUCAUAGGGUGACGACCGUUGAGACUUCAACAGAACUGACUUUGUUCUUAAUCAUCUUGAAACACAUUGCAGUCAUGAGCUUCAGAACUUUGUACAGGGUUCGUUUUCUUUUCAGUUUUUGUGAUCUAAAGUUUUGGUAAUACUUUAUAGUAAGGUAUGAUUUAUAACUUAAUACAUUAGCUAACAUGAAAUAACAAUGAAUUUUACAGCAUUUAUCAAUCUUGGUUUUUACAUUUUAAAAAAAUUUUUUAUUACAUGCUUGUUUUUUUCACAUUGUAUAAAAUCAUAUUAAUUUAUUAUGAAUGUGAAUUAUCAAUGAACAAUGAUAUAUUUAUAAAUUAACAUUAACCUUAACUAAUAAAUGCUGUAAAAAUUGUUCAGUUUUCAUGUUAUUAUGUGGCUCGUUAUAAUACACAACUCUGAUUGGUCAAUCACAGCAUUCUGUCGUCCAUGGCAACACUGUAACUAAAACUAGCCUAAGUACUUCACUACAGACUUUCGCUUUCUUUUUUCACAGAAACGCUAAUGGUGCCAUUUUGCGUGUCAGUUUUCAGUCAUAGUGAACAUGACUGAACUUAAUAUUACUGCAAUAUAACUGCCGUGUCAUGUGCACUUGUUUAUUUCUUCGGUGAAAAACUGUAAUUUUUCCACGACGACCACCUGACUGUACAUCACUCACAAACUGAACCUUAUUAUAAAGUAUUUCCAAGUUUUAAAUAUAUAGCAAACUCUAAUGUAAAUUAGACAGUUGAUGUUUUACUAUUUAUUCUUUCAAACGCUGUUCAGCAGCUGCAGUGGCCUUGAUAUGAACAUCUGUGUCCUGUCUCGCUGUUCACUUACUCCAGUUCACUUGUUUCUUUGUACACCUAGACUAAAAACUCCUGCAUCACUUGAACCAUUUGUUUAUUUAUAUUUAGAAAGGUCUGGAAAAAAAUACAGCUUUCUCUAAAAAACGUAGUUGUUUCUACAAAUCUUUCCUGGAGAGCAACCGUUUGGCUGCAAACUUUCUCCAGUGUCUUUUCAGAACUUCAGGGAAAAAUUUGCAAACCGCUGGAGCAAAUCGAGAAAAAGAAACAAGCUCACUUAUAAUUUUCUCUUCAGUGCCCUGACAUGACUGACUGCAUAGACUAGUUGCACUGAAACUGCUUUUUGUGAAUGUACAGCAGCACUGCUCUGAUUUGAACUGCUUGUGUCAUUAGUUUUUUUUUUUAAAUACAAUAUUAAAACAAUAAUCUGAAAGGAGUUUUGUAACUCCAAUAACAUCAACAGCACAAUUCCUCUUUUUCACUGUCUUUAAAUCAGUCGUUUUGAUUUUAGCUCAUUUUCUUUGUAAAUAAAAUACACACAAGACCAAUACAUUGUUUUAGCUAGUGUGUCUGAUAUAUUUAUGUUAUUUAAAAGGGAUUCUUGCAUGCAGAAAACUCCGACCUGUGUUUGGUUCAGUGAUACAUAAAUAAAAAACUUUUAACAGAGAGUUUUCUGGGUUUGUCUUUCACAUCGCGUCC